CCAAGACAUUAAUAAAUGGCAUUUUAUUUUUGUUUCUUAGAUGAAGUCCUUAUUCCAGAAGAAAAAAGGGAAGUAGAUGACAUAUCAGAAUUUCGAGACUAUAUCCGCCAGGUAGGAAAUCAAUUUGGAGAUGGUACUAUCAAGCUCCCUUCAAUAGAAAAUCUCAAGGAACCGAUCGCAUUGCAAGACUUCAAUAUUUCCUUAAAUUUUCAUCUUGGUAAUAUAUUUGGUUUAUUUACCAGCUUACAGCUGUAUAGCCUGAAGGGCUCCCAACUGAACAAUGUAACUAUCAAUUUGUCGAAAAUGGAGAUUUGCGCAACGAUGUCAAUGCCAUUCUUGGGCAUCAAGGGUCAGUACUUUCUGGACUCGAAUAUGCUAUUAAUGUCACAGUAUGGGGGAGGUGCUUUCUUGAUGAACAUGACCACCAAACCAUUGCAGGGACAUUCGCGAUUACAAAUCACAUCUGAUGGCAAACUGAACGUAGGACAUUUCAAUAUAUCUUUUGGCAUCAUAUAUAAUGAAUGUGUAGAUGGCUAUUUUUCCGUCAGUGAGUUUAACUUUGAAAACCUAAAGAGCAAAGUCAGUGAUAGAGAAAUCCCUAAAGGGUCCUGGGGAGGAUCACGUAAGUGGCAAAUGAUAAGAGAAAUUGGGAGUAAGGUGCAAGCUUCACUCUUAUCAGCCCUUGGAUCGUAUGUACAGCAAAAACUGAAAACUCUUCUGCUUAAGUUGCCACCAAGAUAUAUAGAUCCCAUCAACACGAAUGUCAUGGAAUACAUUCUUAAUAAUUUGGCUGAAUCCAUGACAGGAAAUGACAUGGAACCCCUUCAUUUACCAGAAUCGACACCUGAUCAGUUAAGAGAGAUAAGCGGAAAGUUUUUCAAUGUGACAGUGGAUGGCUCAUCGACAUUUUCUAGGAAAGGCGACAUCAUCGUGAAUGUGUAUAACAAUUUUAUAGCCUUUGGAGCCUGUUUUGAAUUCCAGAACUUAACCGGAAGUUCUAUGUGGGAGGUAGAUAUUCUUGGGGAAAACAAGCGAGGCCAGGUCAGGAUGGAAAUGACAUCAGUAUCUGCAUUCAUCAGGUUGCAACAGAAUAUGGUACCAGGGUCAAAACUAGAACUCGACUAUCUCCUUUUCGAAGAUGUGUGCCAUAAUUGGCUGGAUUCUAAAAGUUUGAAGAAGCUGGGAAGCACACAGGAGGAUAGUAGGUCUAAACUGUCUUCCACCUUGGCAAAUUACAUCAUAACUGAAUGGCAUCGAGUCGUUAAUAAAAGAAUGCUAGCAGAGUUAGAAGAACUGAGCAUUCAACUUCCAAACGAAAGUACUUCUCUUAUCAAGUAUUUCUAUUUAGUUUUUUACGGUAAAAAGCCCAAAAAGGCCUGCUGAAAACGUUGAAUGACGAACCUACUAUGAACUAUUAUCAACCUACUAUGAUGAACCUAGUUUUUGUUUGAGUUACUGAUAUUUUAUUGCUUGCAUCUGAACAGGAAUCUUGAUCUGAAACAGGUGGUUUUCAGUGUCUGCUUUUAAUGUAUUUUUCAUUGUGGCAAAAGUUUUAAGUAAGUCUUGUAUAGCUUAAUCCUUCCAAUACAAGACGGAUGCAGAAGAUUUCACACUAAAUAACGGUGCGGUUUAAUUAUUGUGUCAAAUCUAUAGAAAAUCGGAACAAAUCACCAAUUGUGCAGUAAUAAAUGAUUAUUUUCUUUCUAUAUUGUGUUUAUUGUAAACUGAGCGUAGAAUGCUUUUUUACUUCUACUGUUCAAGGUGAAAGAUUGCAGAAAAAUAAUAGUGCUUGUAGAAAGUAGAAAAAUGAUUUUCGAAUUUUUAAUAAUUCUUUUUUUUAUUUUAUGUAUGUGUGUUUAAUCAUUGUAUCUAUUGUAAGAUUAUAUUUCCCUUUAUUUCAAUCGACGAAAUUAAAAUAUUUCAUAAAAGAAA